AUGUCAAGUGAAGCCAAAGAAGAAUCUAAAGAAGUAACAUUUACAUUAGAUGAUAUGUAUAACGAUCUUAUCAGUGUUUCCAAAUGGAGUGAUACUGUAAGAAGAGUUUCAGAUAAUUUUAAAGAAAAUUAUCAAAUAAUUAUUGAAUUAACUCUUGGAGUUAUUGGGCUUCCUAUUGAUAAAACAGAAAAUAUUUUUACAGAUGAGUAUCUUGAAGAAAAGAGGUUUAAAGAUAUUGGAGAUAGAAUUGAUAAUGAUGAUUUGGUUACAAAUAAUUUAAAUGUUACACAGAUAUUAAAAAGGUUAUGGAAAGGAGUUUGGAAAGUUGUUUGUGGUAUUAUUAAAGAAGGAUCAAUAGAAGAAAGAAAAGAAUAUGGGAAAAAUAUAUAUAUUGAAAUGGGAAAAAGUUUAAAAGAAAGAAUAAUAGAAAUGCGAUUAGACGAAGACAUUGAAGUAAGUAAAAUAAGUAUUGGACUAUGUAGUAAAUUAGAUGAAUGGGGAUUGAUUAAAGAAAAAGAAAGAAAAGAAAUGUAUAGAAUGUUAUGUGAUAAAAAUUCAAAAAUUAGAAAAGAGGCAGCAAUAUAUAUUGCAUCAUUUCUUGAAAGACAUGUUGAUAAAUUUAUAAAAGGAGAAAGGAAAUUUGUAAUAAAAGAUAAGAAAAAAUUAAAAAUAGUGAUUAUUAUUAGAUUAAUUAUUGAAAUUGUAGAAAAAGAAACAGACCUUCCAAAUUUUAGUUAUUUUUCAUUAGAAUAUCUUGUUCCAGAAUUUGAAGAAUUUAAUGAAAAUAUUGAAUUAUUAAUUGAGUUUAUUAUUGGGAAUGAAUCAUUAGCAUUAUUUGAUAAAGAAGAUUCAGCUCUUUAUGAAGGACAUGAAAAUGUAUUAUUUGGAAUAUUAUAUAGUAUGGUAAUGAGAGGUGCAAGAAGACAAUUAACUGGAGAUGAAAUAAUGGUAAAAUUAAGUGCAAGUGAUAAAAAGAAAGAAGUUGAUACUUUCUUAGAAGUGAGUGAAGCAAUUUGUCAUCAUUUAAAAGAAAUGUAUGAAGUAUCAACAAAAGAAGAGAAUGAUAUAAAUUGGUUAUUAAGAAUAUGUAAAUAUAUUGAAAAAGAGUCAUUAAAAACAGAAGGUAAUUUAAAUAAUUUAAAAGAAUUUUUAAAAGAAGUAAGUAUUAAUAUUAGAGAAAGUGGAUAUGAUAUGAUUUAUAAUUACUUUGAAUUAUUAAGUGAAAUGAAUACAAUUCAACAUCCAGAAAUUCAACAAAUUAUAUCUGGAAUUAUUCAAGAAGAUUGUAGAGUUAUUUGUAAUAGUAUUUUAGAUGAUGGAAUGGAUGAUGAAUCAAUUAAUAUAGAUGGAAUAAAAGGGUUAAUAAUAUUAUAUCAUUAUAUUAAAGUAGAUCCAUUACCAUUAUUAAGAGAAAGAAUUAUUAAAUUAAAAAAUAGAAUUGAAGGAAUACAAGAAAUUACAGAAGAAAGUUUAAUAAUUUUACAUAUAUUAAAUUAUUUAUUGUUAUGGAACAAAAUUAAUAAUGAAACUAAUAAUUCAUUUGGAUAUAAUGAAUUAUUUGAGUUAUUAUAUUCAAUUUCAAAAAUAAGUAGUAAAGAUGAACAAAAACUAUUUGAAUUAUUUGGUAUUCAAUGUGAAUUUUAUUUCUUAUUUAAUAAUGAAAUUGGAGAAAAUAAAGGAAGAAUGGAAUCUAUUAUUGAUGAUCUUGCUAUUGAAUGUAAUCAAAAGAAAUUAUUUAAAGAACCUUUAUUAGAAGUUGAUUAUUUAUUUAAUGAAUGGCCAUUAGAAUGUCUUGCGUCUGUUCUUUCAGUUGUUCAAAUGAAUAAAAAAGUUAUUCUUGAUUUAACUCAAAUAGUUGGAAAAAUGAAUCAUGAAAUAACAAAUAAACUAAAGAAAUUGUUAUUAAAACAACAACAAAUAAAUCAAGAGAGUACUGUUGUUAUGGAAAUGGAAACAGAUUCAAUAGAAGAUUAA